CAGGCAGCAGAGACCAUGGAGCCCCGCUCAGCUACUUCCCACAGAGGCCUUGUUCCCUGGCAGGGCCUCCUGCUUGCAGCCUCACUUUUAACCUUCUGGAACCCACCCACGAAUGCUCAGCUCACCAUUGAAUUGGUGCCUUUCCAUGCUGCUGAAGGGGGAGAUGUUCUUCUACUUGUCCACAAUUUGCCAGAGAACAGGAUAGCUUAUAACUGGUUUAAAGGUGAUAGGGUUGAUUCCAGCAAAGAGAUUGCAACAGUUGAGAUAGAUACUAACAGAACUACUCCAGGGCGUGCAUACAGCCAUCGAGAGACAAUAUACCGCAACGGAUCCCUGCUGUUCAAGAGUGUCAAACAGCAAGACUCGGGACUCUACACCCUGUACGUCAUAAAGAGCAAUUAUCAGGUUGAACAAGCUUCUGGGCAGUUCCAGGUGCACUUGGUGUUACCCAAACCUCACAUCACAAGCAACAACUCCAGCCCUGUGGAGGGUGAACAAUCUGUAGUAUUAACAUGUGAACCUGAGACUCAGGACACAACCUACCUGUGGUGGACAAACGGUCAGAGCCUUCAAGAUGGUGAUAGGCUGAAACUAUCUAAUGACAGCAGGAUUCUCACUUUAUUCAGUAUUACAAAGAAUGAUACCGGACCCUAUGAGUGUGAAACCCGGAAUAUAGUGAGUGGCAGCCGAAGCGAUCCAUUCACCCUGAAUAUUUACUAUGGCCCGGAUGACCCUAUCAUACUGCCCCCAGAGACCUAUUUCCAUCCAGGGACAACCCUCAACCUCUCCUGCCAUGCAGCCUCUAACCCAGCUGCACAGUAUCACUGGCUUCUCAAUGGGAGCCUCCUGCAGUCCCCGCAGGAGCUUCACAUCCCUAAUGUCUCUGCAAAUAAUAGUGGAUCUUACACCUGCCUCGCUAAUAACUCUGCCACUGGCCUCAGCAGGAGCACAGUGAAGACUGUUAUAGUCACUGAUGAUUCAACACAAGAAAGUGCUAGCCUUUCAACUGGGGCCAUUAUUGGCAUCGUGAUUACAGUUGUAGCUGGAGUGGCUCUGAUAACCAUCCUGGUGUACUGCCUGAUUCUCAGGAAGACUGGAAGGGCAAGCGACCAGCAUGACCUCACAGAGCACAAGCUCUCAGUCUCCAACCAUAGUAAGUAAAGCCACUUACCCAGUAGAACAGGUAUUUCCAACGUGUGCCCUGCCC